GCUGCCAGCGUCGACGCCGCUCGAUUUUCUGCCGCUGCUCGUUGCGGUGGUUGUUAUUUUUUUGGUUUCCGUUUUUAUUCGCCGUUUAAACUUGGUCGUGAGAGGGUAGCCUCCUCAAAUCCGCCCUGCCCGCGAUCGUGCCCUGUCGUGUCGUGUCUUAGUGCAAAAAGUGCAAAGUGAAGACGGAACACUGGCCGCCAACAUAAAUCUGCAGAUUCUCCAGCACAUCUUGAUGGCUCCCGUGAGCGCUAUCUCUGGCCGAUCGCCCAGCGCCACCAACUCGUUGCAGGACCUGAGCGCAGCCGCAGCUGCUAUUGCCCUGGACAUGACGCCCAAGGUGGACCUGAUGCCCCUGUCCUCCUCCACGGCUGUGGCGCCCACGCAGAAGAUCAAGAAAUUGGUACGUCGAAAUGCUUCCGACAAGCUAAAGCUCAUUCAAAUGGUGCACGACAAUCCCAUCUUGUGGGACUCGCGUCUGCCCAACUUCAAGGGCGCCGAGGAGGAGAAGAACCGCGCCUGGGAGCACAUCGGACGUGAGUUCAAUGCUCCGGGUCGCCGAGUGGCGCGCGCAUUCAAAUCUCUGCGAGAAUCCUAUCGUCGGGAGUUGGCCCACGUCAAGAUGAUGGGCAACGGCUUCAAGCCCAAGUGGAGCCUGUACGAGGCCAUGGAUUUUCUGCGAGAUGUCAUCAGAGAGAGAAAAGGCGCUUCUCAUGCCACAGAUCUCAGCCUGAGCGCCUAUGCGGCUCAUCUGCACAACAACAAUAACAGCCACAAUAACAACAACCACAACAGCCUGCUGGGCGGCGGAGCUGGUGGCAAAGCAGGCGCCGGAAUGAAGUUAUCCUCAAGCUUCAACGACUCGGCCUCUGCACUGAAUCUGUCCAAGUGCUCGACUUUGAAUGCGAGCGGUGACGAUUACUAUUGCGAUUACUAUGUGAAGCCGGAGCUGGAUCUCUCGACGGGCGGCGGCGGCGUAGGCGGUGCAGGGAGCAGCAGCAGCGGCAGCUGUUCGGGUGGUGGCGGCGGGCCGCCCGCUCUGCCACAGCCUGCCCAUCAGCAUCAGGCGAAUAACGACAGUCGGGUGAGCUCCACCAGGAAUGAGCAUCAUCAUCUGCAGCAGAGCUACGACGACAUGGACGCGAGCUCGUUGCGGAGCGGCGACGAGGAUGCCGAUGCGGAUGCCGGCAAUGCCUCCGAUGGGGUGGAGGAACUGGAGGCCAUCGAUGCAGACUUUCCCUAUCCCCUCAUACUCGACUCGAACUCACCGGGCAGCACCAAUGCCGGCGUGGAUGAGGUGGCCUCCUCCCGUAAGCGUCGUCGCAAUGGCGAGCACGGGGACCUGGACGACGGCGAUGCAGACGGUGCUGAUGUCGGCGGUGUCAUCGAUGGCGAUGACUACGAAGAGCAGAUGCUGCAGCAGCAUCGCCAUUUGCGGCAGCAACAGAAUGCAGCUGUAGUCACCGGUGGACUGGAUCUGCCGCCACCACAAACGGUGCGCGAGGUUCUCAACUCAAAGUUCUGUGGCUUCAUCUCGGCCAAGCUGAACAGCAUGGAGGACUCCGAGGCGGAUAAUCUGAUGAAUCGCAUACUCCUGCUACUCGUGCAAAUGCAGCAAUGCGAAGGAGCUGUCAAGUAGAAUCUGAACUCAAGCUCAAGGUUGCGGGAUCUAGUUUUUAGUAGCAGAAGAAAAGCCUCACAUUAUGGAUUAAUGCAAUGCGGCCGCUCAAAGCAAAUAGAUUUUUCUUGCCAUAGACUUUGCUUCGAACCCCAAGCCGUAGGAAAAGUAAUGCCAAAACUGUGCCAUACCAAAAAA